CGUUGUCCGAACAAAAUUUUUAUGUGUAUUUGACAAACUAAAUUAGACCAAUUUAAAUUGCAAUGAAUCAAAAAGAAAGGAGAAAGAUAAAGUCACCGCCCUACAGGAAAGGGCGUCAGCUGCCAAGUUUGGAAACUCUGAUCCCAUCAGAGUCUAUAAUUGCAAACCUUCAGCCUGUCCAGGAGGAAACAAAAGCUGAGCUGGUGGAAGAGUCUCCUGAAAGAUAUGAUUCAAACGAAGCAUUCAAGUCCGAAAUUGAAAGGUUUAUAGAAAUAUCCAAAUACUUUUCAAGCCCACUUCGUAAAACUGCGUCGUACAUAUGUGAAAACCGCCUCGUAUCAUACCCGAGCAUUUUCAGAAUAGAAUACAAGCGAGGGACUAUGUCGACGGAGCACAUCAAAUUUUGUAAUAUUAUACUAGAACCGGUGUACAUAAGACUUUUCAAACUCAUCCCUGAUUUGGAACAAGUCAGGUUCACAAACUUGUCCCUAUCACGAUGUAAGCGGAUCCCCCCCGGCUUGUCGUUCAACUUGGCAUUUGUGUACGACGACGUAAAUGAGAAGCCAGCCUGUAACGCGAAAAUGAUAUUUGUCGCUUCUAGGAAAACAUCAACACCUUGCUAUCAAAUAUGCGAAAUUGAACUAGACAUUGAAGCACAAAAAACUCGCUUGGUCGCUGUUUGA